AUGUCGUCGACUGACACACCGGUCGAAUGUUUGACCGCGGGUUACGCCUUCCUGCCCGGCACCCGCGACAUCGAUGGCCGACCGGUCAUCUUUGUGCCAUUGCGAAACAACACUGUCCAGUUUAAGGUCGACAGUAUCACUUCUGUCAUUCAUUUCCUCAGGCAAUGUAUUGGGUAAGGUUUGGAAUUAAUGCUUAUUAUCAAACGAUAUGACUGUGUAAAUGAAUGUUACAGUACCUAAUGUAUAAUGAAUGUUAUUCAGAGAGGAAUAUCUACCAAAGAAGAUCGUUUUUGUGGCCGAUUUGAGGAAUGGAGCACGGUCAGAGCACGUCAGAAUGUUCCUUAAGGUUGUCGAGGUAGGUUUAAAAAGUUUGAUUUUGUUCUAAAAUAAAACAAUCAUUGAUUCUCACUUUAACAACAUAAAGGCUUUAAUAACAAAUUUACAUAAUUACAACAUCUGAGUAACUUAAAAAAAUAUUAUUUUACAGGAGAGUUUUGCCAAUUUAACAGGACUAGUACUCAUCUUGAGAGCUGACAAAUUCUGGGAUCGUCACAAAAGUGUGGUGGAGAAGGGGAGGUACACCUUCGGGAUCCAAGUAAUACCUAUCGACAACCUAACUAAAUAUAUUGAUAAGAAAGAGUUGGUCAAAGAAUACGGAGGCAAUUUGGAAUAUAACCACGGUGAAUGGAUACGGACUCGACGGGUAAGAGUAUAUCCUAUGAACAAUAUUUGCAUUUAGAACUAAGCAUUUACCUUAUUAAGCUGAUCAUUCGUUAAACACUAAUAUUGUUUUAGGUGUUCGAUAACAUAUUCGAGGAGAUCAACCACAUCCUCAGCCUCUUUAACCAACAAUGCUCGGCCAUUCGCAACUUUCCACUAACCAACAUGAGGAUCAGCGACGCCGACAACAAAAUCGACUCUCUAGAACAAUAUAUCGAGGAAACGGUGAAUAAAGUUCAGAAGUGUGAGAUGAGGGUCAAUCAGGUAGGUCAUGUUUGUAGUUGUAAAUGAUCUUUAGGUUGAUAACACUCUUUGCAAUAACCUGAAUCCCGACUUCCGAAGUGCAAUCAAUCGGCUACACAAGGCGGUAGAAGACUUAAAACGGCAACGGAAGGAAGUCAACUCUCUGUUUAAUGCCAAACGACAAGAAGCCGCGGUCAUGGUCAACAUCAGCAACAUCGAGGAGGAGAUCGAGAAGGUGAACGACUUCGUCCUCAAAGUCACCAUCCACAUCAAACCCAUCUGGUGUGACAUCGGGAAGGACGAGGAACACGCCAAGAAGCUACUGGUAGAUCAUCUGAAUACCAUGAAGGCUGUUGAGGUACAUUUGUUUUUUCAUAUGGCAUGUCAGCAUUUCACUCAUAAGAACUUUUUUUAAAUUAUUUUAUAUUACUUAAGUUGAGAUGAUUCGUUUUCAGAAUGUGGAAGUGACCUACAACAGACUCGAGAUCCAAAGUAACAAGAACUGGAGUAAUCGAGCUCAAAUGUCACCGAUUCGAAGAGGUACCAACUCUAAUGUCGCUGUCCAGUUCAAGAACCUGCAGAACGAGUGGAAGAUGUUACAGUCGGUUCUGAUUGAUCGAGAGAAGAUUCUGGUAGCUGCUGUCGAAUUCCAUUCCAAGUACAAGAUGGUAGGUAAAAUUCCCUAUGACACGUUUUUAGUCCACCGAUUAAUGUAUUUGUGAUGUUGAGUGUACAGAAGACAUUACAGCAUAUUAAUUACGGUAUGUGUUGUUUCAGUUUAUGGUCAAUUUCGAAGGAUGGAAUCAGAAUGUUGGUGUAGAUCCUGCUACAGUGCUAAACGCUCCAGUAAAUAUUCUCCAGAGUGCAUUGGAUGAACACAAAAGGUUCCAAGAAAAGUUCGAAACUGCUUAUGUUGAGGUACUGUAACUCGUCUUUUAUCAUUUUUAAAAUAUUUUCAUGCUCAAUAUAGGUUACUUACUUAUAAAUUUAGGCCUUUUCCUCCGCAAAUGAACUCAAGAACCUACUGGACAGUAGAAGAAGGGAUAGCAACAGUGUCAUAGCUACCGAAAAGUACGUCAAAGCCUGCAUAGCCAAGCUGAUCAACAAGCAGAAGCAAUUAGUUGCCACUUUUACCAGUCGAUAUGAAACCAUUUCCUACAAAUACAAUGCCAAGAUGUUCUUCAACGAAUGCGACGAGGUGAUCAACUGGCUGGACGAACACGGUGAACCCUUUCUACGUAGGAAGAUUGGGAUCGGAAGGUCUUUGGAGGAAGCCAAGAGAUUCGAGAAGAAUCACGAUGACUUCAAGAAGAUCAGUGAGAAUACCUACUUGAGCACGAAGAAGCUGACCGAACGUUCUCAAGAUCUGAUCGAAAGAGGUAAGCAUCAGUUCUGAAUAUUCUUAUUUCUAGGCGAGAUUGACCCUGAACGUGCACGGCAGAAGACGGAAGAACUGACAAGGAGGAUGAAGUUAUUCACAAAGAAGCUGGAUUCUAGAACGAGCUUACUCUACGUUACAUGCAACUUCUUCAUGCACUACAAGGAGAUCAUGGACUACUACAAGAUCUUGAAACAGAGAGGGCAGGUAUACUACUUUGUCCACGAAAGCCCAAAAGUAUGCGAAGAAAGCAAAAGUCGACUGGUCGACGAAAUCAACAAGAUCUCCGUGGCCUACAAUCACAUCAUGUCAGAAGCUGUUCGGUUAAAGAAAAGUCUGGACGAACAACGAGAGAUGUUCGAGGUUAACAACCAAGAAACGGUCGAUUUUGUUACUGAUAUGAUUGAGAGGAUAGGUAAGUAAAUCUACGACCUUUUAUGGAGAAAUGUCAUGCUUAAUUUGAAUUACAUUCCAAUAAUUUAGAUGCGUGUAAUAAUGAGGAAAAGAACAAAUGGCCCCAUCAUAGACUGGUCCUCACAUUGGCUACGGAAACGUCCUACUUUCUGGCCGAAUCGAAAGACGUCAUUACCGAUAUUGUUGUAAGUUCAAAAAUGAAAAAUAUUUAAAUCAUAGAGAACUAUAUUAUAAUAAAAAAUAUUUCAGGAUUGGCAUAAGGAUCUGACUGAUAUUUCAAAUCUGAACGAAACGAUGCUGGAACACAUAGCCAACUCACAGCGAGAGAACGUGAACGCAGUCAAGAGAGCCGUCACCAAACUUCUGUGCAAGAAGGCAGAGCUAGUAGCAGACAUCAAGAAUCACAAAGUCAAUCUGAUCCUCCCCAGCAAAGAGCCGGUAAUCAACCAACUCGAUAGAACGGCCAAAGAUCUAGACGACGCCAGCAAAGAAGUUAUGGAGAUAGUCAACCAGCUGAGUAAAUCGUGUGUUUUGAAGGCCAAGUUCCACAAGUUCAACACGGACAAGGACAACAUCCUGAAUAUCCUGUGCAACUUCAGAAAAGAACUCAUUAACCUCAAAUGUAACCCAGAAAACAAACAGGAAACCGCUGCUUGCAAGUUGGCCCAUGAACGAUAUAAGAAAAGGCUGGAGGAGAUCAACGACUACUUCGUUACCUUCAAUGAGAGCGCUAAUUACUUGAAGCAAUACAUCGUAGACAGUGAGCAGAACAUUAUGUGGAUCAAGGGGAUAGACACCGUCACUUCAGAAUUCGCCAGGAUAAAACAGUUACUGGAUAACAGAAUCAGAAUGAUCAAAAGCGCCGAUGAUUAUCAUAAUUGUUUCGCUAAUGUAAGUGAUCAGGACAUGACUAUUCUUAUCACAAUAGUUUAAAAUAAGACAUUAGUCUAUUAACAUGUUUUAGGCAACACCAAGCAUUGAUCUGUUCGAAAAACAAUUGAGAGAAGUCCUUGAUCCAGUCCAACGGAAACAAACUUGUCAGGCUGAACUCAGGAUGAAUCCCUCCCAACGGCGCGAGGCUUGUUUUGCCAACAAAAAAGCGUUGACAUCCAAGAAAGAAAAGUUUAUUAAUGUAAGUUUACAGGAACAAAAAAUGCCGAAACACUCAAACCUAAACAGAGGUUGUUCAUGAUAAACUUUACAACGUUUUCGUUACAGAUUCCAUAUUUUUAGGCAACUAAUUUGGCACGAAAGUGCGCCUCAGACCUACUGGCCAAGAUCAACACGAUAAAAGACACAGAAUUCUAUGGAUAUCAGGUUCCUCGCCACAUCCUUGAACUAGAAGAACAUGCCAAGAACAACAAGGAGUACAUUUUCGAACGAGAGAAGAAUCUACAAGUUCUAUUCACGAGCUGUGCCGAACUUGAAACUGGGUGUUUAAAUGCAGCAAACUUGAAUUUGAUAACAGCAGAGGUAAGGUUUUCGUAGUGAGACCUAGACUCGUAUUUUAGCUCGACGAAAAAUUGAGUGAAUUGGAGAAGAAGAUUUUGAACAUCAAGGUCAUUUCUGUCGAUGAAAACAACAUCAAGGAAUAUGGGCAGAUACUGAGCAGCUGCAGGUUUGAUCUCAAGGUAUGUUGUUACCUGAAUUUUUAAAUUUAAUUAAUUUUUUACUUUUCUGAUGUCAUUUCAGUUUCUAAAAAAUAUUUUCGUAACAAAAUUUGCAUUUUCAGAAAAUCCAAAAGUUGUUGAAAGAAGUGAACAAACAUUCGGGACUGUUCUUCGAGCAGUUCAACAGCUCAUUGCACAUAAAUGAGUUUAAAAUGGCAAUUCCAGCGAUUAAUGAAAGGUAUUCGAGGGUUGAGAAGAGUACUCACGCCAAGGAAGUGGAAAUGCGACGACUGUCUGGUGGUGAUGUAGGUUUAUCCUUUUUUUACAUUUAAUUUUGAAUUAUUUUGAGGUUUGUUACCUUUUUUAGACUUUUGCUAGGUUUUUCACAUUUUUGAUACCUAAUUUUUACUUACAAACGCUGAUUUUUGACAUUUCAGAGUUAUCAGCUACUUGUCGACCGAAAUAGUGACGGAUCUUUGGAGGAGAGGUUAACAGAGAGCUCUGAAUGUUCGAGUACCUUCGGAUCUGAUGUCAACGACAAGUUGAGGUAUGUUAAUAUAUUUAAAACUUUAUAUUCUCGAUUUAGAAAACCUUACAAAGAGCUGCUCGACUCGGAAGCCGAUUACAUAUCAGAUCUGGGCAAAUGCAUCAAUUGUUACCUAAAAUCCUACAGACUAUCUGAAUCUACCUCUCCAGUGUUGCGGCAGAAGACGUACGAGAUCUUCGGUAAUAUUGAAGCCAUCUACGAGUUUCAUCAACAAGAAUUCCUGGGAAAGCUAAAGGAAUAUGAAACACAUCCAGACGAUGUCGGAUGUUGUUUUAUUCAUUACAUGGACAACCUGAAGGAGCUGUACACCGAGUACUGCUUGAACAAGUACGAGAACGACAGUAUUUUGGAGACAGAGGAGGCUAAAACAAUGUUCCAGGUAUGCGGUGUUAUCUUUUCCGUAGAUUUUUGUUAUCAUUGUAUUAAAUCGAUAUUAUUUAAUAUUAUAAUAUGGCUACAGAGCAUUAGGGAGUGUUACAACCUUCCUUUGAGUUUGGAUAUAUUGUCUAUGUUGAUCAAGCCAGUCCAACGGAUAACGAGGUAUAGAUUGUUAUUGGAUCAAGUUAUGAGACAUUCCAAGCAGCAUACGGGGGAGAUGAAGGAGGCUCUAGAUGUUGUAGUAAAUAUUCCUAGAGUUGCCAAUGACAGAAUGCAUCUCAAAAACUUUGAGGAUUAUCAGGUAUGAUAUUGCAUAUUUUGACGUAAAGCUAUAAGGUCUUUCGUAGUCAUUACUUAAAUUAACAUUAGUUUGCUGUAUUUUAAAUGAAUGUUGGAAAAUAUAAUAAUGUUUCAUUGCUUUCAGAACCAUCAAAUUGGCGAGUUUAUCCUCCAAGACGCGUUUGUCGUUACUGAGCCUAAAAGGGUGUUCAAGAAGGAGAAGGAGCUACAGGUAUUCUUGUUCGAAUCUAUCAUUGUGUUUGCGAAGAAAGAAGAAUUGCCCAAUAGGAAGAUACGAUACCUCUACAAGUAUAAGUAUUUGGUAAGUCCUUGCAUUUUAAUAAGUUUUCCUUUUUUGUAUACUUAAACGUCUGUUUAAUGUUUUUUAAUACUUAAACGUCUAUUUAACGUUUUUUAAUACCUAAGCAUGUAUGUAAUGGGGAAUUUUGAUUGUUUUUAGACAACGGAUAUUAAUGUAGUCGAACACGUUGGCAGUGAUGGUGAUCUUCGUUUUGGCCUCAGAAAAGGGAAUCUACCCCAAUCCGAAGCCAUAAUUCUGAAGACGAAUACUCACGAAAACAGGAAUCUGUGGGUCAGAACAUUAAGGGCAUUAACGUUGAACGCUGACCUCAUAUCCAACAACAAUAUUAUGACAGGUAGGACAUGUGUGAUGGAAAAUAGCUUUUGUGAUGGAGAUCAUCUUGUAUUGUUAGGUAUAAAUCAAUUAUUUUUUGUAUCCUAUUAUUGUUCGUAAACCGUAUUAUACUUUAGACAACGAGUCCAUCUUGAGCCGAGACCUUACCUCCAGCGUGGGUAGAUUCAAACUGUCAGAUGUAGACUCAAAGCGUAACUCCAAUGGAUCCAUCACGUCGAGCGAGAUGCCUGUUCUGAUGCGGAAGUCACCGUCACUCGAGAGUCCCGAGGCUUCUGACGUCCAGAAUUGCAAUGACCCCAGAAGCACGGUGUAUUCAACAGCCAGUAGCGACGGAGACCUGCCUCCGGCACUAGACCACGUGUCCAUGGUUGUUCCAGCUAGCGAAAUCCUCGGCUGA